AUGGGGCGUUCAUUAUCAUUAGCUUUAGCUGCAUUACUUGUAUCGUCAUGCUUUGCUGCUCAAGUCAGCAUUGUGCAAAGAUUCGGUGGAUAUUUGUUUCCUCGUGCUGUCGAAACUGAUAUAGACGAGUGUCGUGAAACCAACGGUUAUGAAAAUGACAUUCUGACUCGAUUCACUGGUAUUUUCUUUGGUAAUUUCUACACUGGCGGUGGUACCGAUAUCUUGGGCGGUCUUGCUGUACAGGGCAAUAUGCAUGCUCCCAAUUACGUGGUGAAUGCUAAUCAUGGUGCUGAUUGUAGUGAUCCUGGCUCAUUUAACUCUUAUAAUCUCGUUGUCGGAGGCAUUGUUGACACCUUUAAUACUCAUGUUCAUGGUAAUGCCUUUCUCAACUUGGGUGGAACAAUCGAAGAAGUUUUGGAGUUGGAUGCCGGCUGUUUUGUUACUGAUCAAUUAGGCACUGGCAACUUUGAUUUUGACAUCGUCAAGCAAAUGUCGAUCAAGUCCAACCAAGAUUUUGCUACUCUUCAACCUACUAUCGUGCUUGAGUCUGACGGUUCAUUGACUGAGCUUCGUGAGGGGCAACUAGCCAACUAUGAGAUUAUCACCUUCCAUUCUUGUAAUGGUGUUCUCUGUAGCUCAUACCCUGACAUUGAGUCAGAUCCCUUUGCCAUUCUAUUCAGACAAGGCAAUUGGAAUGGUAUCCAAGGCUCAGAAAUUGAUCCUGACAAGACUUAUGUAUUGAAUAUUCCUGUCAGAGAUGGCGAUACCAUUGAAAUUGAUGGCAACAAUCCAAAACUGCCAACCAAUUUUGGUGGUUUUACCUUGGCACCAAGAGGGCACAUUGUCGACGGCUCCGUAGGCAACUUCUCUGGUAAUCUCAUUGGCCUGGACUAUACCUGGGAGAACCUGAAUGCAGGUGUAGAAAUACGCGAUUACACUGCUGCAGGUGGCAACUGUGAUCAAUACUUGGGUUGUGUACCUGUGCAUGUCACUAGUGACCCUCCUGCUGUCUCCAUUCCUUCAACAAUUACUUCCAGCAGUUCAAGAACCAGAACCAGAACAUGGACUAGCACGGAACCAAUUCCAAAUACAUCUGAAACGACAACUGUAACAUACUCACCAGCCCCUGAACCAUCAGAUGGUGUCAUCGCCAGUGAAUAUAGCCCAUGCCCUGCUGAUUACACAGAGACAGUUACAAGUGUCACUACCACUACUACUUCUGUUGGCAAUCUAAUAGAUACUACUACUUUAAUUGUUCCUGAUGUCACCGGUACAACCACAGUAAAUGAAGGUAUAUUGACAUUGACUGAGAGCGGCACUACCAUCACAGCAAUUAUACAGGCAACAAAGACCAGAACUCUUGUGCUCAUUCGACCUACUACCCGAGUUGAAUACACCUGUUCAGACCCUGAAUCUAUUUGUGAAUUAGAAACGAAGACUGUUAGAGAAGAAUGCACGAAAGAUUAUGACCAUGAUCAUCAUCAUCAUCACCACGACAAGGACAAAAACCAUGGCCGUGAUGAAGAUGAGUAUGAUGAAGACGAUGAAGACGAUGAAGAUGACAAGAAAAAGUGGCACAAGAACGACGAUGAUGAAGAAUACGACGAUGACAAGCAUUGGAAGGGCAAACAAGACUAA